GACUCGCCCUAUAUAAUGGAGGAAGGUGAGGGAAAAGACACUCAGAGAUCCUCAGAUCCUCAGACAAUCAACAUGAAUUCCAAGGUUCUUCUUGUUGUACUCGGUUUGGCCGCCCUUGCCUACGCCCGCCCUGGAUCCUCCGAGGAGAGUUCCUUCGAAUCCUUCGAGUCAGGCGAGGCUAAGUACGACUUCAACUGGGCCGUGAGAGACGAGUCCUCCGAGAACGACUUCGGACAUCAGGAGGCCCGCGACGGAGACAACACCCAGGGAUCCUACUAUGUCCGCCUUCCCGACGGCCGCCUCCAGACCGUCAAGUACUUCGUCGACGGAGACUCCGGAUACGUGGCUGAGGUCAACUACGACGGAGAGGCUCGAUUCCCCGACUCAGCCUCCUACGAGUCCAACGAAUCCAAGUAAACAAACAGCUGCUGACAAGACCUCUCCAGAAUAUUCUUCUUCCUCUGCUAAAUUAUUGACGACUUAUUUAUGAUCUUUGAACGAAUAAAUGAAUGAGAAAUGA